AUGCAUGGCGGCGCCCGACAGCGCACAGCGCUGACGCCUGCCCCGCCGCUGGCAUCGCCCUGCCGCAGGUUUGCCAUCGUGCAGCCCAUGUCUGACCACUCCAAGCUGGAGGUGCAGCGGGAGGGGCUGGACCUGCUGCGCAGCAUCAAGGGCACCGUGUGCCCGGUGGCCGUCAUUGGGCCGUACCGCAGCGGCAAGAGCUUCACCCUCAACCAGCUCAUGGGCGUGGCAUGUGACGAGGGGUUUGGCGUGGGGCACACGCGGCUGACGCAGACCAAAGGGGUGUGGGUGUGGGGGGAGCCGGUGCCUGUGGAGCUCCCCAGCGGGGAGACAACGCAUCUGCUGUUUGUUGACACCGAGGGGUUUGAGAGCACGGGCAAGGCGGAUGUGUAUGACGACCGCAUCUUUGCGCUGUCUGCGCUCAUCAGCCAGGUG